AUGUCUCGAGUUGUUGUCACUGGCAUAGGUCUCGUCACGCCCUUGGGCAUUGGCACCCGGGCCACGUGGCUGAAUAUCGUCAAGGGCUGCUCGGGCCUCAUAUCCACCAAACUGCUCCCUGACUACGAGUCAGCCGGCUGGGACAAAGUCCCCUCCAAAGUGAUUGGCAAAGUCCCCAACUGGGAUCCUGACAGAUGUAAGGACAAAGACGCCAGACGGUGGGCGCUUUUCACGCAGUACGGCAUUGUGGCGACACAAGAGGCAUUGGAGGACGCUAAGUUGGACUUGGACGCCGUGGACAAAUCCAAAGUGGGGGUGGCGGUUGGGUCUGGCAUUGGCUCGUUUGAAGACGCCUAUGCCAAUUCGGUGGCAUUUCAUGAAAAGGGCUACAAACGCGUGCAGCCGCUCUUCAUCCCACGUCUUUUGAACAACAUGGCUGCUGGGAACAUCUCCAUCAAAUAUGGGCUUCGAGGACCCUUGCACUCAGUGUCUACGGCGUGUGCUACAGGUUUGAACGCCAUUGGCGAUGCGUACAACUUUAUUCAUAACGGGUAUGCCGAUGUGAUGGUUUGUGGGGGCACAGAGGCUUCCAUCCAUCCGUUGGCGUUGGCUGGGUUUGCCAGAGCAAGGUCGGUGGUGACUGAGUACGAGGAUGAGCCUUGGAAAGCUCUGAGGCCGUUUGAUGCAGACAGAAAUGGCUUUGUGCUUAGUGAGGGCUGCGGGAUCUUGAUUUUGGAGAGGUUAGAAGCGGCAAAGCAAAGAAACGCUCCCAUAUACGCUGAAGUGGGCGGGUACGGUCUUUCUGGAGACGCCAACCACAUCACGGCGCCUUUGGAAACUGGCGACGGCGCUUACAUGGCCAUGAAAAUGGCGCUAGACCGGGCCCAAGUCGAUCCGAGUCAGGUGGACUACAUCAACGCACACGCUACAUCUACAGUGAUUGGAGACCGAGCAGAAAACCACGCAAUACUGACUUUAUUUGCGAAAAACAGUAACCUAGCCGUGUCUUCAACGAAAUCGUCCAUCGGCCACUUGCUUGGUGCCGCGGGCGCCGUGGAAGCUGCGUUCACGUUGAAGGCAAUGGAGACAGGGCGAUUGCCGCCCACCCUUAAUUUACAAAAUGUUGGUCGUCACAAGGACGACGACCCGGCACAGUUCGAGCGGUUCGACUAUGUUGCCAACGAGAGCAAGCCGAAGCAAGUCAACCACGGCUUGUGCAACUCGUUCGGGUUUGGUGGCGUGAACAGCUCUAUUCUCUUUAGUAGAAUAUAG